AUGCCGGUCCUCUUGCUCGGAGCUACUGGGAACCUUGGAUCGCGCCUACUGCCUGCUCUCCUUGCUCACAGACAGAAAGUCGUCGUCUAUGUCCGAAAUGAGCUGAAACUCAGAGAAUCGAUACCUUCAUCCAUUCUGUCCCAGGUCACUGUUGUCAACGGUGACGCGACAGAUUCAACAAGCAUUAAGAAUGCUCUGGUUGAAAAUGAAUGUGAUAGCCUCAUCAACAGCGCUGGCCAAGCCUCCGUUCUGCCAUGGUCAGAGCCUCAAAUGCAAGAGAUCAUAAAAGCCGUAGCUACUGGAGCUGUCGACGCAAGCAAGGAGCUUAAUCGCCCGAUCAGAGCUUGGUUCAUGGGUGGCAUGUCGGUCUUAGACUUUCCUGGUAUGGAAGGCAUUCAACUGAUGAAAUAUAUCCCACUCUUCACGGAACACAAUCUCACAUAUAUCUACCUGUCCAAGCAGAAGAAUCUCCAAUGGUCGAUGUUUUGUCCUAGUAACAUGAUACCCGCCAGCAAGACUGUCACCCUUCUUGACGCACCUCGUGGCAAUCCACUGAAUGCUUCGGCUGAUGUGCCACCUGGUUUCCAGAAUUCAUACUUCCAUAACAUUCCAUAUUUGGGCCCGAUCAUCAGUAGUGUCGGCAAUGCACCAAAAUAUGGUACAACCUUGGAGGACUGCGCAGACUUCAUCGCAGCAGAUUUGGAGAAAAAAGAUACAAGAUUCGUGGGACAUAGAGUUGGUGUCAUUGACGCUGGCACCGCAGGCAAGGGCAAGACCGAAUGA